AUGGUUACAGUAGACCAGAUAGUGGACAUUCUGGCCCAAACGGUGUGCUCGAUCAAGGGCUCGUGUGGCCUGCUGCUGGCCACUGUCAUGAACCGUGAUUUCAGCAGGUUUCGCGGGCUCAUGAUCUUCUGGCUGGUCUGUGUAAUUGUCGUACGGGCCGUGAUCAAACUCAAUCGCCGAAUUGUCGACGACCCGGCAUCGUGGAAGCCUCCGGUUGCUCAAGACGCUGUCGUGGUUACAGGUGCAGCCAGUGGCCUUGGUCUGCUCAUCGCAGGGUUACUUAGUGAACGAGGUAUCAAGGUAAUUGCCCUGGACAAAGCGGCAAUACCAAUUGGAAUUGCCAAUUGCAAAUCGUUUACCGUAGAUAUAUCUGACGAGGAGGCGGUGAAGGCCAUAGCCGGCACAGUGAUGAAAGACACCGGUGCGCCCAAAGCGAUAAUUCACUGCGCAGGGAUCGUUAUCCCCGGCUACAUAAAGGACCUGAGCUUCAAUGCAAUCGCCAGCAUGAUGAAGGUUAAUUAUUUGGGCAAUCUAUGGGUCACCAAGGCGUUUCUGGACCCAAUGCUUGGCCGCCAGGACGGGGCAAUGAUCAUUACGGUGGCUUCAAGUACAGCCCUGGCCGCCCCGGCUGGUGCUGGCAUUUAUGCUGGAACCAAGGCAGCUCUAAGACUAACAUACGAAGCUUUCAGGUACGAGACCCAGGACAGUCAACUGCGAUCGCUCGUCUACACUCCCGGGCAGUUGGAUACGGCCAUGUUUCAAAGCCUCGACAACCCGUCUCCUUGGUUCUCGCCAACUUUACGUGGAGUCGAUGUUGCGGUUGAUAUCGUGGAUGCACUCUACCGCGGUCGCACAGGCGAAAUUCGCCGACCACUGUACGCGUUCACAUUACCCGUUGCCUCGCUGCUGCCACAGUCGCUAGUCGACUAUAUGCGGCACAAGAUCGGUAUUGAUCGUGCAAUGGAGACGUUUUAA